AUGCCGGUACUGGAGGUGAUCUGCAGCCUGAUUGGCUGGUUCUGUCUCUACCAGUUGUUCUGCUGUACCUUCACUCAGCGGGGGCCCGAGUGGAACUGCCGGCUGGUCACUUUGUCCCAUGGCGUCCUCAUAGUGCUGCUGACAGCAUACGUGCUGUUCAUAGACGGACCCUGGCCCUUCACACAUGCAGGAACAGAAAACACUGAGCUCCAGACCUUCUCCCUGUGUGUCUGCCUCGGCUACUUCUUCUUCGAUAUGGCCUGGUGUUUGUGCUACCACACCGAGGGCCCCGUCAUGCUGGCACACCACGCUGCGAGCAUCGUGGGCAUCCUCCUCGCUCUGUUCAUGGGGGUGUCAGGCUGCGAGACUUGCGGGGUCAUCUUUGGCAGCGAGAUCACCAACCCCCUGCUGCAGACCCGCUGGUUCCUGCGGCAGCUGGGCCUGUAUGACAGCCUGCUGGGCGACGCUGUGGACUUGCUUUUUAUCUUACUGUUCGCCACCGUGCGCGUGGGAGUUGGCACAGUCAUGUUUUACUGUGAGCUAACCUCUCCCAGGACCACACUGAUCAUGAAGCUUGGUGGCGUGGUCAUGUACGGACUCGCCUGGGUGUUCAUGGUGGACAUCGCCAGGUUUGGCUACAAGAAAAGUAGAGCUAAGUAUAAAAGGUGGCGAGAGAACCACAAGCUGAAGGAAAUCAGCUCAGAAAAACUGGACGGACAUUCAGACAAAAGUGACUGAAGGAAAAGAGAGACACAGGCUUUUAAAAUGUGUGUGCUGCCUCCAAGCUUCUGUAGUUCUACAGGUGCUGUGGCAUCAGUACAUCAAUUAUACAUAUUGAAUUAUAUGAACAACAACCCUGAUUCCAAGAAGGUUUGGAGAAAUCAUAAAUCCUUUUUAGAAGGAGCAGAUGUUACCUUAAGCUAGCUCGGGCCAUGUUAAAGUUAACAGUAUUUUACUGGAGUAAGGUGAGCUAAUUGUUAGCGUGCUUGGUUGCUUUGAGAUGGUUGUCAGAGAUGGUAGAGGUAUGAUCACAUAAUCCUGUCUGAGCUAUAACAGGUGGUGUGUUCCACGUUUUAUUUCCCAAUCGCUCUUGGAAAGAAGAAUAGAGAACUGUAAACAAACUGUCACCAUUGGAAAUCACGGGUUUCGAUUCAACACCAGAAGCUGCACACAUAAUUCACGCAAGGCAUCAUGGGGACUAGGGAUAAUUUUCAUGUAGCUACCAUAUUUUUAAAUUAACCUCAGUCCACCAAACCUGUGUUCACUUUUAUUUUACAAUAAAAAUGUUUUCAUCUGCACCUCAAUGAUCUGCUACAAACUGUGUGAUGUAUAAAAGGAGUGAGAAAGUUCAUAUGUCAAAAUAAAGCUUUGGUGGAAAAAAAUGUUCUGUAUUAAAAUAAUAGAAGUGACCAAAUGUCGCAGUUUGUUACUUAAUUUAGUUACUGUAUUCAAUCCCACAUAUACCAGCUUUCUGCAGUAAAUACACUAGACCUGUGGUUUCCAACUUUUUUUGGCUUGUUACCUUUUGAAACAAUUCAACUCAAAGAACCUCAUCAAAGUUUACAUGUCUGUAAUUAAAUCAAAGAGGGAUUGUCACCUUCUACUGUUGUUUAACUUCACUUUUAGCGGCCUGGGGCCUCAUCACAGAAAAAUAUCUUUACUCAUCCUCUUAUCUGAAGUUUCAAAGAUAGGAUAAAUCCUGUCUUCCUAUUACACAAGCAAUUUUUUAACCCAUGGCUGUGUCCUGUCCUGUCCUGUCUUAGAUGUCUUUUUUUUUUUUAUCUUAACUUCAAAAAUUCAAACUGUAAAUUUGAUUCACCCGUCCUGUCAUGCCUGUAUAUCUAUGUUUAGAUUGUACUGGUAGGCUACUUGAGAUGGACGAACCAUAAUACUGUAUCAAUAGCUCUCACUGGUCACUGGCCAGCUAGACUGCUACCACAAAAAAGACAGGCGUUCGAUUUUAGCAAUGGGAAGUUGGAGGCACUAAUCAAUUCAGACCUGCUUCUCUGCUGGGUUUAAGGCAGCUGGUAGUCUGUAGGAAAGUAGAUUGACGUACCAGGUAUUUUGAAUUUUAGCCAUGUAGUUUUUUAACAUUUAUUUCAAAUGCAUUUUAAUAUUUUGUAAUUAAGGGUUUUUAAGAUCAUCCAUUUGUGUGUCUGCAGAGCAUCAGUGGUCCAUUAGCUGCUCUUGUGUGGGACUGUUUACAUUGUUUGGUUUGGUAUUGUUCUUUGUCUAGUUCAGGCAAAAAAAAAUGUGUGUUGCCCUCGAGGUGGACUCGUUUCCUUUCUUUAAUUUUUGUUUGUUUUAUCUGCCUGCUUCCCCCACUAAUUACAGGAGCGUAUCCAUGUUCUCAGGGUUCUAUGUUCUCCACUUAACCCUGCAAAAAGGUUCCAUGUUCCCCACUUACACAAAAAAGGUUCUAUGUUUCCCGGGUUCUAUGUUGCCUGCUCAACCAAGCGGGAAACAUAGAACCCUUUUUGUGUAAGCAGGGAACAUAGAACCUUUUUUGCAGGGUUAAGUGGGGAACAUAGAACCCGGGAAACAUAGAACCCUGGGAACAUAGGGAUGACCCACUAAUUACCGACUCACUCAGGUUAAACCUAGUCCGACGUUCAGGGCAGGCUCCAGGUGUUUUCAGUGAAGACAAUCACAAGUGGAAAAUACUGAACGGUGUCAGCACUUCAAGUGCAAGACGUAUUGAUUGCAGUGUGCACUGGUGUGACAUUGGAACUUAAACCCUGCCUUGACAGCUGUGGGGCCAAUCCUGAGGAGGGUGAGGUGGGAAAAUAUAGAUUGUAUGUCGAACGUCUGUAAUAAAAACACUGUCUCUCCUUUACCUAAUUCCCUGUCAUUUCUUAAGCUAGAGAACUGUAGUGGAUGUAAAAUUGUGAUGUUAUUGCGUUGACAAAAUCUGUACUCAGACAGACAGAUAAACACCUUGCAAAAUAUUUCCCAGCUAUGUGGUAGUUUCUGUUAAAAUAGGUGUCAUGGAGAACACAAUUUUCUACAAUGACACACACAUAGUCGUGGCCGGUCGUAAUUAAUCGCCAUGGCAGUUUUCAUCCAUUAACACAUGGUCUGGGAAAUGUCAAACGUCAUACGGUUCAAUAGAGUUUCAGUAAUUAUAUUUCAGUGUUCGUGUUGUUACCAAACUUCACUGUCAUUGCCUCACAGACCUCACGGUUAUUGUUUAUUUAGGACAGGGUUUAUGCCGUCUUAAUUUAGGAUUCCUAAUGUGAGAUCCCUCAGUUAGCAAAUUUCUGUUUGAAAAUAAGACAGGAUUUUAUUUUUUCUUAAUGCAGUGAAGAACCAUGUUUUUUUUGUGAUACAAAAAAUCCUAAGUGUCAUCUUAAACUGAGAUAAGAUAGGAUUUCAGAUGUAAGAAUUUUCUGUAAUGAGACCCCUGAGGAGAUUAACCCUGUGAAACCUGGAGCGACAUCACUUUUCUUGUGCUGCUUUCACACGUCUUUCGCAAGUUUUUAAACCUUUGAAACCUGAGCAUAUUGGUGCGAUUGCUUUAAAAAAAAAUAUGAUAAGAAAGGCCAUGAGCAACUUGUGAGAAACAUCCCACAAACUGCAAAAAAAAUAUUAGAUUUAGAAAAUUAUUUUUAAAAAAUGGUGAACAAAGAAAAAAGCUAGGGAUAAAUUACAUCUAUAAUCAUUAUUAUUACAUGUUUAAAUUUUUGGUACAGAAUUAUUAUAAUUCUUAAGCACUUUUUUUCCAGGUAAUUUCUUUUUUUUUUUUUUUUCAAAUUUCUUGCUAAUUUGCUAAUCUUGUUUAUUACCUUCCUCCCAUGUUUUUGAGGGAAAUCAAGCCAAUGAGCUCAGGUUUCAAAGGGUUUACCUGUUAAAAAACAGAGAUAAACAGAGAGAGAAAUGUCCAAAAAUUCUUCUUGUCAAUCAUCUCACGACCCCUCAUGUUCAUCUUCAGAGGGUCCUCAUGCACAGGGUCGGGCGCUGGAGCACCAAAUGUGUAUUAAUCCGCAUCCAAAAAUAGUCCCCAACAAAAGAUGGACAAACCCCACUCCCCACAAAAGACCAACUAAAACUCAAAUUUCUCUUUUCCCCCUUCAUUUUUAACAACAGCUCAGCUUUAAAUCUCUGCACUAAAAGGAGCGAUAUGUGUUCUCAACAGACAUGUUAAUAACAGGGUUAAUAACAAUGUAAUAAAAAUAAAACAUUUUCAAUAGAACAUUUAUAAAACAGAUUAAUGCUG